AUGGAAAGCAAAUGGAGAGAAGAGGUCCUGAAAGAAUUGAAAAAGAUAGGAGAAAACGUGGAGGAGAUAAAGAAAAAACUGAAAAGAGGAAGAACAAGAACAGGCAGUGAAAAGCAGACAGAAGGAGAGAGAAAAGGAACGGGAAAAGAAGAAGGGGCAGAAGAGGAAGAUCCGGGAAAAGGCAACGAGCGCAAACAAGAGGAAGAUAACCGAAACAAGGUAAAGGAAGAAGAAAGACGAGAAGAGCGAGAUAAAGCAAAAGGAGAAAAGGGUCACGAACAAGAAGAAGCGGAGGAGACGGAAAUAGAAGAGGGGGAAAUGAAGACAAAAAGGCGAAAAAACAAGGAGAAAGAAAAAGGCGAAAAGGAAAGGGGCGAAGGGUCGAGCAAGAACGAGGAGGAAGAGGAGGACUGGAGGGAGAGGUGGGAAAGAAAAAUAGAAAGUGAAAGAAGAGAGAGGAGGAAAAGAAGUCUCGUUUGGAAAGGAGUAGGAGGUAACAGUAUAGAAGAAAGAGUCAGAAAAACAAAAAUUAUACUACAGAUGGAGAUGGGAAAAAAGGCAGAAAUAAGGAAGACAACCGAACUAGUAGGGGAAGGGGGGCGAAAGCUCAUUCUGAUGGAACUAGAUGAUGAAGAGGACAGGGACACGAUGCUAUGGAAGAAGGACGAGAUAUGGGAAAGAUGGAGAGUCGUAGUAGAAGAAGAUCUCUCAUUAGCAGAACUGACAAGCGUAGACAACCACAUAGAGGAUGGAGACCUAGCAAUGACAAUCCUGUGUGGACUACCGGAAGAAUGGGAUACGGUGGUAUCAGCAUUGUGUAAUGUACCGGAAGAUGAAUUUAAGUGUUCAUAUAUUAAGAGAAACAUUCUCGCAGAAGCUGAAAGACGAAAAGAGAAAUUGGAUGCAUAG